AUGCAUAAUUAACCUUUAGCAUGCAAGGUUACUUUAAAUGCAGUUAAAUCACAAUCACUUAGUGAUUUAAAUUUAUAAUAUCCAUCAUAAAAUGUUUCCAGUCAAGCAUCCAGAUUGGCAGUACUGAUUAAUCUUUAGACUUAGAGAGUAGUGGAACAAGGACAUAAACCAUGGAAUCAAAUAUCCAAAACUUCUACGAUGAAACUAACAUUUUUAUUACCGGAGCGACCGGUUUCGUUGGAAAAGCACUAAUAGAAAAACUGCUAAGAGACACAAAUGUGAAUAGGAUAUAUAUUUUAAUUAGGGAGAAACGGGGAAGGAGUAUCAAAGAAAGGCUGGAAAAAAUGUUUGAAAAUCCAAUUUUUAGUGUUAUAAGAAGCCAUAAUCCAAAAUUUGAAGAAAAAAUAGUACCAAUUAUUGGAGAAUGUGGAAUAAAAGAUCUUGGGAUUUCAUCUGCUGACCAACAAGAACUAAUCAACAAGGUACACAUUAUCUUCCAUGGGGCAGCAACUGUGAAUUUUGAUGAAAAUUUAAAAACUGCUUACGACAUUAAUGUAAAUGGAAUAAAAACCGUUAUUGAAAUAGCAAAGAAAAUGAAACAUUUAAAGUCGGUAGUUUUUGUUUCAACUGCAUACUCCAACUGCAUCCGAAACUCAAUAAUCGAAGAAAAAGUCUAUCAGUAUUCUUACGAUGAGCCCAUGGAAAAACUGGAAAAUAUGUCAAAAGAAACCGCUAUAGAAGUUAAAGAAAAAAUGAUGGGGGAAUGGCCCAACACUUACACCUAUACGAAAAGUUUGGCUGAAAUGUUGGUGGAAAAGGAGAAAGACAAUAUUCCAAUAGGAAUAUUUCGGCCUAGUAUUAUUACUUCAUCCUACAAAGAACCAAUACCUGCAUGGAUCGAUAACGUCUAUGCAAUAAAUGGUAUAAGCUUAGGACUAUUGACCGGUUUUCUGCGUGUUUAUCCUGGAAGGUCGGAUAUUUACGUUGAUAUAAUUCCUAUUGAUAUGUGUGUAUCUGCUAUGAUUGCGUGUGCAAUGGAAAUUGGACAAAAUCAUAAAAAAUCUGAUAAGAUUCUCGUUUACAACUACACAUCAAGACUUCAGAACCCAGUAACCUAUGGACUCUUUGAAUAUUUAAACCUGAAUUUCGGGGUGCCCACUAUAAAAGCGAUCUGGAAACCUUGUGGAAUCUUUUGUGCUGAUAAAAAACUCAGCCGUAUUUUGUCCUUUUUUUUGGAAAUAAUUCCUGCUGUUUUUCUGGAUGGAGCUGCCCUUGCCACUGGAAACAAGCCACAGUUAUUAAGUUUAUAUUCUAAAGUGCUUAAGUUGGGCGAUAAAGUGAAAUUCUUCGGCGAAAGAGAUUGGGAAUUCGAUAAUGAAAAUGUUCAAAAUUUAUGGCUAAAUUUAAACAAAAAUGAUCAGAAAUUAUUUCCGUUUAAUAUCGCUUCCAUAUCAUGGGUGCUUUUUUCGAAAAAUUACAGUUUGGGACUUAGGAGGUAUGUUUUAAAAGAAGAUGAUUCAACGUUGGAGAAGGCUUGGAAGAAACAUAACAGGCUUACGUGGAUGCAUCUGACUUUACAAUGUUUAGCAGCCUUUUUGUUAUCCGUCGCUUUAUAUUUGCUGCUGUCCAAGAUGCACAAUUUAGUUUUUAAUUAGUUCAUUUUAUAUUUGGGCAUUCUGUACCAUGUAAAAUUCUAAUCUUUGUUUCUUUAACUUAAAGCUGUAAAAACCAAUAAAGAAAUAAGGGCCUAUAGAAAUUUUACUCCAAA